AGCACGUGAUCCGUUUACGAUCAUCUAAGGAAGACUGUCAAGAUAGUUGUUGCUAAAGCUACUAAACCCUUUAUCCGACAAACCAACAACGAAAAAUAAUAAGAGUUUGAAUCUUAGCUUGACGACUGAAUCUUCCGCCAUAGCAGUUAACAUUUACAACUUUAAAGUUUUUUUUUCUUCCUAAAUUGGUAAUUUUAUGUUUCUAGCAUGUCACAAACGAAGACGGAAGUUAGCUACAGGCACUACUCUCGCGUCGCUUGAGACGUCUCCGAUUCUCCGUGUUUUGAGGCUGCAGGAAUGGUCGUGCUAAGAGGAAUCCCCUCUGUUUUAUCACCUGAACUUCUGUAUGCUCUCGCUAAAAUGGGCCACGGGGAUGAACUGGUGCUUGCUGAUGCUAAUUUCCCAGCAUCUUCUAUUUGUGCAUGUGGCCCAAAGGAGAUAAGGGCUGAUGGGUUGGGGAUCCCACGGCUUAUGGAGGCUGUUUUGAAGCUUUUGCCCCUGGACACCUAUGUCCCCUCUCCGGCUGCAGUUAUGGAUCUAGUAGAUAGUGACAAGCAGAGAGGUUUAGCUGUGCCUGUGUGGGACACCUACGAACAGCUCUUGAGCCAGGCAGGCUCUCAGGUUUCUCUUGAGAAGGUGGAAAGGUUUGCUUUCUAUGAACGAGCCAAGAAGGCCUACGCUGUUGUGGCAACAGGGGAGACAGCUCUGUAUGGUAACCUGAUACUGAAGAAGGGGGUCAUCCCUGCUGAGCAGCUACAGUGACACGCACACACACAUUUUGAACACAUUUGAUGAUUUCAGUUUUUAUUUUUCUGUUGUUCUGUGAUAUUAGGCACUAAUUGAAUUCUUUACAGUCAAAAUCAUCAUAUUUUGUGAAUUCAUAUGCAUUUUUUUCAAAUCUGUAAUCACUGCUGUAAAUACAAUCUAUAUUUUUAUAACUGAUUUCUGCAUUAUGUUUAUAUCAAUAAAUAAAUGAA